AUGUUUGUCGACACAAAACUCCUCGCCUUGUUCGCGACGGCGUGCUCGGCACUCGCCUCGGGCGCAUCAGCCAAGUCGGGCGACUCCAACUCGCCAAGGAUUAUUCCUGGUCGCUACAUCAUUGCCGUCAGUAGCUCAAGUGGUAGUCUGAGCAAGCGUGCUUCUGGUGUGGUGAGUCUUCGGCAUCUCCUAACCCCGAGGGGUUAAAGCUCCUGUGCGCGAGCCCCUGACCUCCACCUCCGGUCGCCUCCGCGCUUCGCGACUUGAGGCGGCUCUCGGGGCGCUUUUAUUUUCGAAAGCUGACAUGGCCCUCUCCUCCUCAGGCCAUCUCGAGUGUCAUCAGCAAGAUCGGCAGCACUGGUAUUGAUGUCGAGACCAAGAAACUCUACCAAUCCCCCGGCGUGCUCACCGGAGCGAGCAUCGUCGUGCCCGAGAACACCACCACCGCCGACCUUCUCGCAAUCCCGGGUGUCACGGUGAGUUCAAUUCCAUAUUUUGUCGGCUAAGAAGACAGCGUGUUGCAUAUACUACUAGACCAGUGCUGAUUCGCCUCGAUCGCCCCGGUCUUGAUCAUGUGCAGCACGCCUGGCCCGUGCGAGUCGUUCCGAACCCGAGCCGCCUCCAGACCUCGCCGAAUCACGCCGAUUCGUAUUCGAGUCAGCUCGUCCGACGCGAUCUCCUUCAACGACGUGCCGAUGACCUUAAGGAUGAUCAAUUCCCGCCUCACCAAAUGACCGGUGUCGACAAGAUGCAUGCUGAGGGCCUCUACGGUGCCGGCAUCAGGGUCGCCAUCAUCGACACCGGCGUUGACUACAAGAACCCCAUCCUUGGUGGUUGCUUCGGCAAAGGCUGCAAGGUCGGGUUCGGACACUCGUUCAUCGGCGACACUGGAAAGCCCUUCGACGGCCCCGACCCGUACACGAACUGCUCCGAACACGGCACGCACGGUAUGUGAAUCUCCUCGCUCUAAUGAUGACUGCGCAGCGGCUCCUAAGCUGACGAGCGUCACUAAUAUCCCUCUCGUCACAGUCGCUGGUAUCAUCGGCGCGAACCCGAACCAAUACGGUUUUACCGGUGUCUCUCCCAAGGCGACGCUCGGCAUGUACCGUGUCUUCCCCUGUACCGGCUCGACCUCAGACGACAUCAUCGCAGAAGCCAUGCUCCGUGCUCCCGAUGACAACGCCAACAUUGUCAGCAUGAGUCUCGGUGGCUCCGGUAGUUGGGUCGACGGCUCUGCGACGCAGUACAUCGCCGACAGGCUCGCUGCCAAAGGCAUCCACGUUGUUGUCGCUGCGGGCAACGACCAAGACGAGGGUCUCUUCUUUGCCUCUUCUCCCGCCUCGAGUCGCACCGGCAUGAGCAUCGCCUCGGUCGACGUGACCGUUGUCCCAGCGUACAACAUGAUCUUCAAGACUGGCGGAUACCCUGCCAUGAGCGCCUUCAGUGCCAAGCCGCUCGGACUCGACACUGCUUUGCCGAUCUACUUUACGACGACGGACAUGAGCGUCACCAACGAUGCCUGCCUCCCUUUGCCCAAGUCUACGCCCAAUCUUCGCAACUUUGUCGUCGCCAUGCAACGAGGAAGCUGCUCCCCUAAUACGAAGCUUUUGAACGCAGCGGCCGCCGGAGCCCGAUACGUCAUCAUUUACGGCGCCAACGGUCUCGAGGGUCGACCUUACUUCACCACGGAGGGGACCGGUCUCCUCGGCGCUGCUGGUCUCAGCCAUGCCGAUGGUGUCAAGUUGCUCAAGUACUACCUCGCACAAAAGAAGGACGGUCUCAAGGUCACCUUCCCCAGCAAGAGCAAGCAGCUCCGCGUCGAGCAGACCCUUUCUGGUGGCCAGGUCAGCGACUUCUCUCAGUUCGGCCCCACGAAUGACAUGUACGGCCAACCCAGCUUCGGAGCUCCCGGUGGCAACGUGCUCUCGACCUUCCCCUUGACGUGGGGUGGUGUCGGCGUCAUUAGUGGUACCUCGAUGGCCACGCCGUUCGCCGCUGGUUCCGUCGCCCUCAUCCUCUCAGCCCGCAAGUCGGACAAGUUCACACCCAUCGAGAUGCGCCAACUGCUUUCCUCGACGGCCGACGCGAUCCCAGUUACGCGCAAGACCAAAGGCCCGUUGACGUCGACGGUUCUCCAAGGUGGUGGCUUGGUCCAGAUCGACCGAGCUGUGGCAGCGAAAUCCUUCUUUGGUCCCAAUGAGCUCUACCUCAACGACACUGCCCACUUCGCGUCCAUGCAGACGGUGACUAUCACGAACAAGAACUCGAAGGCGGUCACGUACCGCUACUCGGACACCGGUGCCCAGCCGCGAUUGACCUACGACAAGAGCGGUGCGUUCAAUCCUUCGCUCACCCCUGGCGCCUUGUCGAGGGGUGCAUCAGUGACGUUCAGACCCGGUCGAGUCACGAUCCAAGCCGGCAAGUCAUCGACGUUCCAGAUCAAGUUCCAACCGCCGCAGUUCUCUGCUGGUCAACGCGCGCUCUUCCCCGUCUACAGCGGAUACAUCAUGAUCACGGCCGACAACAAGGAGUCGUUCCAGAUCCCCUACUUUGGUCUCGCUGGCAACAUGCGCGAUCAGAAGAUCCUUGACCAGACGGACAUGUAUGCGAGCCAAUACCAGUCCGGCCUCAAGUACCCGUUCGUUGGCACCCCUGACCUCAAGGUCCAGACGAGCGCGAGUGCUGUCAAGACCUACUCAACCAGAGCUGGCCCCACCAUCGUAUUCCGUCUUUCGCGUGAGUUCUCUGGUCUGACACCUACAGGGCCUAUACUGUACAGCUACUGACGCCGAUGACUUUGCUCUCUGCACUACAGAGGCGACUCGAGCCUACAACAUCGACCUUGUGUUCGCCAACACGACGUUUAAGCCAACCAUCUCCCCUGGCAACAACGCCAACCUCAAGCAGCGUCGCUCUGUUGAUGAGUUCGAUCUCGGAUCCCUCGAGACGGAUGCGCUCACCGGGUCUGCGCUUGAGAGUCGCAAGGACAGCCAGUCGUAUGCCUCGGUCUCGACCAUCGGCUUCAUCGCUGGCUCGACCAACGUCCCUCGCGAUCUUGCCGUCAGCAACACCGGUGCCUUGUCCUUCACCGACAACCAGAUCACUUUCAACAGUCGAUACCAGACCACGGCUACUAGCGGACGCACCGCGACGGCUAAGAGCAAGACCCCUUACCGCUUCCUUCUUCGGUCAGUGCUUAAGCCCCGGAUGCAAUCUUCCUGUCAUCUUAUCGUCUCGCUAAAUCGUUUCAACUCUAUUCUGCGAAUCUUGCAGUGCGGUGAGGACGACUGCCGACCCUGCCGACGAGGCCAGUUGGGAAAGUUGGUUGAGCCCUCCGUUCCAGUUCGAAUAA